AUGCUUAUGGUGUUGGAAGGCGAGUGGAAGGUCUUACCGGAAGCUUGGGGGGCUGAGAUUGUAGAUAUGUCCGAAUAUGUAAUCGGCAUACCGCCCUGUGAGCCCGAUGAGUCCUUUCCGAGCUUUCGUCCGUCAACUGAAGGACGUCGUCAGAGCAGAACACCAGGCUUAACGAUAUUUCACCAAAAACACGAAGGCAAGAAAGGUGGCGGGCUUUUUGAUGAAUUAUCAUUAAGCAUGGUGUCCUGCUCUGAUGACGUCCAUCACAUAACGGACGAAAGCUCAGAAAGGAUUCAUCGGGGUCGCGGGUCGGUGCGCCGAAAACAUAUUCGGACGUAUCAAUAA